AUGCCAGGAUUCCAUCCAAGUACAAAAAAGAAGCCCCAAGGACUCGGCGUGCUGAAAGACAGGCUGAAUUUGGAGUACGAGGCCGGCGUAGACGCUAACAGCAUCCAUCGAGCGCUCCAUAUUAUAAAAGCCGGCCCGGACCUCUCCGGAGAUUACACAUGCUCUGUAUCAACGUUUCAAAGUGAGGACAUCAGGACUAAAAGCAUGCUCGUCUACGGCGAGAACGGUGCUGGGUUAAACCACAUCCUGCUCUCAACUACUGUUCACCCAACUAUCAACGAUAAGCAUUUUCCACCUUAG